AAAUAAUCUUGAAAAGAAAAUGAGAUAUUCUUAGGACCUUUGUAUAUAUACACCUCUUAAACCCUAUUCCUUGGCAUCUGCCUCUCUCUCCCAGUUUACCAAAACCCUAGUUUCCAAGCUUUACUUCCAGAAAUGGCUUUCUGCAAAAGUCUCGGUGGUCUAUUGAGGCAAGGUUCGGUUUCUCAGACCGGUAAUGUUCCAGUUCAGUCCAUGAUCGGUUCUCUCCGCUACAUGUCUACUAAGCUUUUUGUCGGUGGUCUCUCAUGGGGUACUGACGACCAGUCAUUGAGGGAGGCUUUUUCCAACUUUGGUGAAGUGAUUGACUCUAAGGUCAUCGUUGAUAGAGAAACCGGGAGGUCGAGGGGUUUUGGAUUUGUCAAUUUCUCUGAUGAGAGUGCUGCUAAUGCUGCCAUUUCUGAGAUGGACGGAAAGGAACUGAAUGGACGCAACAUCCGAGUGAAUGUUGCCAACGAUAGACCAAGUGCUCCACGGGCUUAUGGAGGAGGCGGUGGCUAUGGAGGUGGUGGUGGCUACGGUGGAGGUGGUGGUGGCUAUGGAGGAGGUGGUGAUGGAGGCGGUUACUAAACAUAAGAGCAUCUCGUGAAGAAGAGUUUGUGGUUUCCGUUUUUUUUUUUUUUUUAAAAAUUGGAUCUUUUGGUAGUACAAAUCCUGAAUGUGAUUUGUUAAAACUCUAUUCCUUUUCCUCAGUUUAUGUUAGCUUCACAUAUUUGCAUGUUUUUUGUUGAGAAACUAAACGUUAGUCCUGCAAGUUUUCAAAUAAUUAAGUAGGGAUUUUUAGAA